UACGCCACGGGAAAGCCCAUUCGAAUGAUAGGUAGUUGAAACGUUUGUUUUUAGUGUCAGUUUUAAUUAUGUGGUAGUUCUUAAAUAGCUUACGAGGAGCGAUCGCGCCUGUUCUUUGGCAACAAUAAUUUUGAAUUAAUGUAGUGUUCUUCGUGUCACUAUAGUAAAAUAUUUAAGAAUACAUGAUGUAUAAAACGUUUCCAUUUCUCAUGCUACUAGUGUGCGCCUGCGCGCAAACAAUAAAUGUGGAUGAAAUAGCCCGUAUCUUCGGUUUUCCCUUCACCAGUAAACCACAAUCGAACGCAACCGAGUUGUCGUGCUCGCUGGACGCCGGGCAGACGGGCGAGUGUGUCCUCCAUUAUCAGUGCAACAAGAUUACUAAUACAAUAAUCAACGACGGCACCGACAUCAUUGACAUACGUACGUACGGUCCCUGCCCGACAAUCUUCGAAAUUUGCUGCGCGCUACCUGACAAGAGACCGGAGGUCACCCCCAAGCCAGAAUUAAAGCGUCAAGGCUGUGGCUGGCGCAACCCUGAGGGAGUAGUCGUCCGCACCACCGGCGACACCGACGGCGAGACUAAGUUUGGAGAGUUCCCCUGGAUGGUCGCGAUUCUCAAGUUGGAGCCAUUGCACGAUCCAAACGGUCUACAGCUAGAAGUGUACGUCGGCGGCGGGUCACUGAUCCACCCGAGCGUGGUGCUGACGACGGCGCACUAUGUGGCGUCCAGGCUGCAGCUGCGCGCGCGCGCCGGCGAGUGGGACACACAGCAUACCAAAGAGCCCUAUCCCCACCAGGACCGCGAUGUCUCCCGAAUUGUCGUUCACAAGGACUUCAAUAAAGGCAACCUGUUCUACGACGUGGCGCUGCUGUUCCUCAAUUCGCCGAUGGAUCUAGCACCCAACGUGGGACUGGCGUGCCUGCCGAAGGCCCGCGAACGCGCCACUGCCGGCACGCGCUGCUUCGCCUCGGGUUGGGGCAAGGACAAGUUCGGCAAAGAUGGUCGCUACCAGGUUAUAUUGAAAAAGAUUGAAGUGCCUGUGGUGGACCGCAACACGUGCCGCAACCAGCUGCGCAAGACUCGGCUGGGGCGGUACUUCGAGUUGCACUCGUCUUUCAUGUGCGCGGGUGGCGAACCCGGCCGCGACACCUGCAAGGGAGACGGCGGCUCCCCGCUCGUCUGUCCCAGCGAGUACGAGAAGGAUCGUUACGUGCAGAACGGUAUCGUGGCGUGGGGCAUCGGGUGCGGCGAGGACGGCACCCCCGGCGUGUACGUGGACGUGGCUAACGUGCGGGAGUGGAUCGACGGCAUUCUCCUAGGCGUCAACUACGACGUUUCGGUUUACGAACUCUAAGACCAAAUGCUUCGUUUGGUCAGUUCGUUUUCAAUUCUCAAAUAAGUUCACUUUACAAACCAUUGUCCAAAAUGCUUUGUAAUUAGUUAAAUGGUAAUGAAAUCAUCGAUGGCCCACCUUAUUUUAUGAUCGUUUCAUAAAUUAAUAGUAAGAAAAUCCUUUGAUUAAAUUGUAACUUACAUUAUAAUAAAGAAAGUUUCAAAAAAAA